AUGGGAUCUGAAAGUGGAGGCAACGACUUCCCCGGCGUUGCACGACCAUUCGGCAUGGUCAAAUUAGGCCCAGAUCUAUAUCAAUCCGGAUCAGACGCAUACUCCGGCUAUCUAUCCACCGGCGAAUUCUCCGGCUUCAGUCUAAUGCACGAACAAGGUACCGGCGGAGCACCGAAAUACGGAACCGUCUCCCAACUACCACUAGUUGGCAGCAAUAUCAGUGAUCCGUUGUCCCAAAUCACAGUCGCUCGCAGUGGGACGGAUGAAGGUUCUGUGGGCUACUACAAGGCUCAGACGGGCCAAGGUGUAGAGGUCGAGCUCAGUGCUACGUCUCGGGCGGGCAUCUAUCGGUAUAAUUUCCCGGUUGAUUCGAAGGCUAAUAAUGUCUUGGUUGAUGUUUCGCAUGUCUUGCCUUCAUUUCGGGGCUUGGGCUGGGGUCAGAAUUAUAAGGGUGGGAAUUUGACUCUCUUUGAUGAUGGUCAUUAUGAGGGGAUGGGGACGUAUGAUAAUGGUUGGAAUGAGGCUCCCAAUUGGUCUAUUUACUUCUGUGGCCAUUUCGAUACAGAGGCUGUGAGCAGCAAAACAUUCACGAAAACAGACACGAUGAACAGUACCGAGCAUCCUGAAGGUGAUGUUUCAUCCACAUCAGGCUCUACAAGAGUCGGUGGACUCUUCACCUUUACAGAAAGCGAGAUUACCUCCCGAGUAGGUAUUUCCUGGAUCUCGACAGAACAGGCAUGCGACAAUGUGGAUCGUGAGAUACCCAAGGGCACCGAGCUCACCUCUGUCGUUGACGACACCAUCUCCGAAUGGAACGAAAAGGUCUUUUCAAAGAUCAAGACCACCAGCACCAACGACGAGAGUCUUAAUCUCCUCUACAGCUCGCUUUACCACAUGCAUUUGAUCCCAACCAACCAGACCGGCGAGAACCCAGGCUGGAAGUCUCGCGAGCCUUAUUAUCAAGAUAUCUUUACCUUCUGGGACCUCUUCCGAUGCUCAACAGCCCUCAUCCAAGUCCUCCAACCAACCGCCUACGAAGAACAAAUCCGCUCUCUAAUCGACAUCUGGCGCCACGACGGCUAUCUCCCGGACGCCCGCUCAUCAAACUACAAUGGCCGCACACAAGGCGGAUCAAACGCCGACAACAUCCUCGCCGACGCCUACGUAAAGGGCGUCCGGGGCGCCGUAAACUGGGAAGACGGCUACCGAGCAAUGGUCAAAGACGCAGAAAUCACACCAGCAAACUAUCCGGUCGACCCGAUUGCGAAAGAUUCCUCAACGCACGAAGGCCGCGGCGCACUGCCCGACUGGCUUAGUUUGGGGUACAUUACGCCGCGAUUUACGCGGGCUGUGACGCGGGCAGUCGAAUAUGCUUGUAAUGAUUUUGGCUUGUAUCAGGUUGCUUCUGGGCUUGAGAUGGACGAUGAUGCGCGAAAGUACCUGAAUCGAUCGAGGAAUUGGCGCAAUCAUUGGAAUCCCGACCAGAGCUCUUUGGGAUUUAAGGGGUUUGUGGUACCUCGUAAUGAGGAUGGGACGUUUAUUUCGAUUGAUCCGAAGCAAGGCGGGUAUUGGGGAGAUGCGUUUUAUGAGGAUGGGUCUUGGGCGUAUUCUUGGAAUGAUGUUCAUGAUAUGAAGCAUCUUGUUGAAUUGAUGGGUGGUAAGGAGGUAUUUGUCCAGCGGUUGGAUCUUAUGUUUGAUCAGGGGAUUUUCGACUCGAGUAAUGAGCCGAUGUUCAAUCUGCCCUAUCUGUACAACUACGUUGACCGACAGGAUCUGUCCGUGUCGCGGGCACGUCACGUUGCCAAAGGUGACUACCACACCGGGAAGUCUGGUCUGCCAGGAAAUAGUGAUGCCGGGGCAAUGCAGACCUGGCUACUCUGGAACAUGAUCGGUCUGUAUCCGAUCACCGGGCAGACCACCUUCCUCAUCCACUCGCCAUGGUUCGAAUCGAUGACGAUCGAUCUGGGGCGGAGUUUGAAGGUGAAUGGCAAGACGUGGGAGAAGAACUGGUUGACGUGGGAUGAUGUCUUUGCGCAGGGAGGCAAGCUGGAGUUUGAGCUGGGGCCAACCGCAGUCAAUUGGACGAGCGGCGUGUUGCCGCCGAGUCCAGCGUCGGAGUAG